GCUGUAUAAUGAAUCCCAAUAUGAAGCAGAAAUGUGAAGGACUCCAAGAGAAUAUAAAGGAUAGUCCUUUCCCAAGAAGAACUCUGAAGAUGAUUCAGCCUUCAGCUGCUGGAUCUCUUGUUGGGAGAGAAUGUGAGUUGGCCAAAGGCAUAUACAAAAGAAAACAUGGAACUGGCCAAUUAACAUCUAAGACUUCCAGCCCUGGAGGUGUUAAUGCCCCAGAAUAUAAUGAAAAUAAAAAUCUUGGAGGAGUCAACCAGGAAGCAUUUGAUCUUAUGGUUAAAGAAAAUCCAUCCUCUCAGUAUUGGAAAGAAGUAGCAGAACAACGAAGGAAGGCUCUCUAUGAAACUCUUAAGGAAAAUGAGAAACUUCAUAAAGAAAUUGAAGAGAAAGACAGUGAAAUUGCUCGCUUGAAGAAAGAGAAUAAAGAAUUGGCAGAAGUAGCACAGCAUGUACAUUAUAUGGCAGAGCUGAUUGAGAGACUGAAGAAUGAACCUCUGGGUAACUGUGAAUCAUCGAGCAGUCAGGAAUUUGAGUCGGAAGAGGAAACUGAUGAAGAUUCAGAAGUGGAAGACUCCGAUAUUAGCACAAGUGCUGAAGAAAUUGUAUCUUCCUCUACAGAUUCAAAACCAUGUACAUGA